AGACAAAGGUGUCCACUAAACAACAUUUAUUCUUCACUGAACAUGAAAAUCGUAUACAUGAUUUAGUUAGUUUCUUAAUCAUCUCGGUGUAUUGGGAUACCUAGUCUACAGUAAUCGUCAGUCUGACUCCUUACGACUGUCUCAUCGUCAGUCUACACAAAGAUCGCCAGUCGCACGGAUAGCAUAAAUAUACAGAAUUCUGCAACGGGUUUCAUAUUCUUCAUUUGAUAAUCUACGAAGGCAUACAGAAGAAUUGGGAUAUAAGAUGGAUAUAUCACCAGCACGCAUGAUGCCACCAGGGGGCGCCAUGGAUAUCUUAUUUUCAUUUGACACCACUGGGUCAAUGUCAUAUAUACUGGACGAGGUCAAAGGUCGAUUAAGUGACAUGAUUCAGAGGCUACAGGCCGAUAUUCCGGGUAUUAGGAUCGGCGUCAUUGCUCACGGAGACUAUUGUGACGAAAAGGUCUUCUAUCUCGAAAAGCAUAUUGACUUUACUCAGAAUGUGGUGGAUCUGUGUAAUUUCGUGGGCGAGGUUGAGGGAACUGGAGGAGGGGACCAGGACGAGUGUUAUGAACUGAUCCUCAGAAAAGCGAAUGAAACAUUCACAUGGGCGCCAGUGUCCAACAAAGUUUUAGUCAUGAUAGGCGAUGCAAAUCCACAUGAACCAGAUUAUAAUUUAAACGUGGACGAAAUCAACUGGAGGGAUGAGGUCAAUAUAUGUGCGAAACAGGGAAUCAAAAUCUACGCGGUGCAGGCUAUGAAUAACGAUGGCGUAGAAGAAUUUUACCAAUUCAUGGCUGAAAAAACCGGCGGUCACUAUCUGAAGCUGGAGAAUUUUUCCAGCAUUUGUGACUUCAUCAUGGCAAUUUGUUACAGAGAAAGGGAUGACGAUCUAUUUCAGAAUUACGAAGCAGAAGUCACAGCCCGCCAAGGUACGUCGGGUCUACACAAAGACUUAAACCAAAUGUUUGCUACCCUUCGUCGUGGAGACUCCUCGGUAAGCAGUACGUCGAAUCCGGGAUGUUCGUCAACAGUUAUUCCAGCACCUCAUUCGCCAUUACCAAUCACACCAAUGCACAGCGUCGUUUCCUCAGCGAGUGAUUCAAAUGUCAAACCUACAGCUGUGUGCGCCCCAAUAGCCAAACCAAUAGCUAAACCAGGAAAACAGACAAGAGCAUUUCCUAAAAAGAAAUCCAAGGUAAAAGCAAAACUAUGUGAAAAAAUCCCGGGAAAGAAAAUUGUAGCAACCCCACGUGAAAAAGUUCCAGAAACUAAAUUUGCACUCAGGAAAUUGAAAUGGUCAGCGUGGAAACUGGCAUAUAGUUCCGAGAAACCUGAGAAUCGAGAUUCGUGGUGCAAAAUGUACAACAUGAAAAACUGCUACAGGAAAAGGGAAUUAUUCCGGGGUUCUGUGAAUUUAAAACUAUACGAAGUCUCAGUGCAGACCCAUCCCAGAGGGAAAAUGCACGUCAUGUAUCAGAAAAUAACAUCAGCUGACCUUAAUCACAAGUCAUGGGAGCGGUAUUUGUUCCAGGGAUCCAAGAGACGCCGCUACAUUCACAAGAGACAAGUAAAGAACGUUAUUAGACAAGGCUGUCGUGUGUUUAUUCGUAAAGCAGAUAUCCAAAAGAGACAACUGAAACAGGUCGAGAAAUUAAACAAAUAUAGCUACGCAUGGGCAAGGUCAAUAUCUGGUAGAAAGAGACCGGAAAGACUGGUCAUUAAGAAUAUGAAAACGCUGUCCGGAUCGAACUGUGGGCUACACUGACGAUGUAUUUUGUGAUGAGAUGUGUGUGUUGUGAUAAGAUGUUUAUGUUGUGUUGAAAUGUGCCAUAAAUUUAAGAUAUCAUUGUAACAUUACAUAUUGUAUACUAUGAGAUUGAUAUUUUGUUGAAUUGUGAUAUUCCUGAAUAAAACCAUGUAUUUCUCACGUAUAACAAA